CAGCUAUUGUUUGAAUUGAAGUUUUGGAGAUAACUUCAUACCCCUGACUCCUGAAUUUGUGAGCAAGGACCAGAAGCUGCCACCCCUUUCUAUAAAGUUGUUGUACUAGUUUUUUUUUUAUCUAUGAAAUAAAUAAUAUGUCUUCCGAAGCGCCAAUCUUCCAUCUUUUCCCUCAUUUGCCGUUCGAACUGCGACGAGAAAUAUACAUCUUAGCUACACCGCCUCGAAUUGUUGACGUGCGGGAAUCUUGGAAUUUCGAGGACCAAGACGAGUUUAUGGAAGAAUGGCAGGAGAGCGGCCUUGACGUUGGGGAAUAUGAAGAAUUUAAGCUCGUAUAUGCUCGUGACAAGUUUUUGGAACGAUAUGGAACCGAAAUGCUUCAGACUAAGUUGCAUCCCGACCUCGCGUAUUUUGCUCACAGUUGGAGACAUCGCAUACCAGUACGAGGAAGAGAAAAUAGCCAAGCACUCCUAGAGCCGUACGGAUUUACCUCUAAAAAUGCCCUGCGCCAGCCAUGGACACCUACGGAUGAGAUACCGGAAAUUCCACUCCACUGGCUCGAGAAUCACCUAGAUGUGGCCUUUAAUCUCAUUCGAGACAGCUAUCUCUAUAGCGAAGCCCCAAUCCCGGCGCUAUUGCAUAUGUGCGUUGAGUCUCGCCAAUUUCUGAUGGAUUUUGGAUAUCGGCUCUCGUUUGCUACGCGCACACAGGGACCACGUACAUGGUUUCACUUCGAUCGCGACAGAUUAUAUCUUCGCGAGCGUCAUCAACCCUUCAACGACACGGGACCAGGAUAUAUAGACUAUGAUGGUACACUGUGGCAUUCCUACUGGAAUAUUCUUGGACAAUUCCUAUCUACAGAUUUGCAACGGGUUAAACGUCUCGUUUUACCUGGGGGUAGAUGGGUCCACUUUCGCGUACUGGAUACAACCGAGACUCUCUUGCGAAUAAUGCCGAACCUCGAGGAAAUGUUCGUCGAGCGCUGGGAUACGAACGACUUUAAUUCGUGGUAUCACUCUACGGCUAGGGAUAACCACAACAAGUAUGACCCUGGACGAUUCUGGAGUUGCUUCCCUGCCGAAGAAAUCGACGAAGUAGCUGCAGCUUUCUUCAACGAGGGGCCAUACGAUUAUGAGCGGAGUGUGUCAUUAGAUGGAAUCGACAAUAUUAUCAAGCACCAGGAUAAGAUAGUACCUACCGGGGCCUAUUUCGAAGAUUGCGCAAGAAGCAUCAAGUUAGAGUUUAAAUGGCAGAGAAAAAGGGCCGGCGCUCGUUGGAAAAUCCCCAAAAUUAAGUUCGUAAAUGUCUCUUCGGAAUCUGUGGCCGAGCGGUUUGUACAUGGGCGACGGGAAUUCUGGCACUAUUACAUGGAAUUGAAGAAGGCCUACGCAAGAGACAAUCCAUUCAUACCUCUGACAGUCAAUUGCUUGACGCCGCCGCCUCCAUUUUAUGUGAAUUGGAACUCUGGAGAUUUCAGGGAACGAUUUGUUAAGCUUCAAGAAAAAAUCUCCGUUCAAAUCAGUAUUCCGGGUUUAUGCUACACUACUAACACAGACGACUGGCCUUCAUACGUUACGAAUGGUGGUGCUACGGAACCAAGUUUGGAGAUCCUGUAGUUCGUCUAUAUUGGAAUGUCGAAUGACUUACAAGUUCGGAAGCAAAGGUUUUGGCUAUGAAUAGAGGAAAGUUGGUUGAUGGUUUAUAACCGAUCCACCUACAAACACAAACAGGACUACCGACUGAUGAGGUCGUAUACUGGAUAUUUUAGAAGGACCCGCCAAUCAGUUAUCUACCAAUCUAGCUAUAAUGAACCUCCACGCACAACAUAAAGGCUGCUUGGCCCAAUUGGAAAGGCGUCUGACUACGAUCGAGUAUGUAUAACAUGAUCGGUUAGUUAUCAGGAGAUUCUGGGUUCGAGCCCCAGGGUGGUCAAUUUUGAUGGUGGAGUCUGCUAGAAAUUUUUCUCUCGUCAACGGAUCCUCUAUAAGGCAUUAUGCGGUAUCCAUUUAGGGCCUAAGGUAUAGAGUCACCGAAAUACGCCCUAGUUUACUUUUUUGGCUAUUAGUUUAGACCUCUCUUCCUCUUCUUGAAAUGAGUAGAGGAGGUUCACAGCUUCAUCCAAGCCUGGAGGCGCGCUUGAAUCAAAAUAGGAUCGGCCUCAUACAGUAUAUCACGGGAAUUAUUAUAGGGAGUAAACAUG